AUGAUUUUUUCGUCUGUCAACCUUUUCUUGAAAGCGAUAUUUUAUUACAAUAAUUAUAAUAAUAAUAAUAAUAAUAAUAAUAAUAAUAAUAAUAAUGAUAAUAAUAAUAAUAAUAAUAAUUCUCCAUUCCAGCAUAACAACAAAGACACUAUUAUUAUUAAACAACAAUUAAAGAUGGAUAUUUUACCUCCAAUCUCUGAAUCACUUGGCAAUGACCAAGUCAACAACAAUAAGGUUGAUACUACAUCAACCACCACUUCCACUACUACUGAAAAUGAAGUAACAUCAGGUGAGGAUAACACAUUUUAUGCUCAAUCAUCAAUUGAUAUUUCAUCGUCAUCAUCAACAUACGAUGACUCAGUAACAUUUGAUGGUAUUCUUCGUACCAGUAUUCAUGUACCUGUCAACACUAGCGAUAGAAAGCAAAUGUUGAUUGUAUUGGUCGACAAGAGUGCGUCGAUCCGUUACGUAUGGCCACAAAUCCAAAGCACUCUCUUGUCACUUUUCCAAAUUGUUUUUAAUCAUCAUCAAGAAGUAAUCCUGGAAAUCAUCUUUUUCAAUAAUACUGCUUAUCAAAUGAAAUGGACAAAGGAUAAUUAUAAAGAAUUAAUUCAAAAUGAAAGACCAACUGGAAAGACAUGUUUUGCAGCUACAUUUAAUUUAUGUGGAGAUAUUUUACGUGGAUAUUAUAAAAAGGGAACUGAUUUCCUUUCCGACAAGUAUUAUGAUCCAAAGACUGAUACUUCCAUCAUCUUUUUGACAGAUGGCAGUCAUACAACUGUUCGUGACCAAAAGGCUGCUUUUACAAGUUUGAAAUCAUUGAUCAAAUCGAUUACUUGUGCUGCCAUCACUGUUCAUACAAUGGGGUUCACUGAAAACUCUCGUUUUACCGAUCUCGAUGGUAUCCGUAGAAUGCUUGGUACCAAGGAGGGUGUGUAUCAGUAUUGUGAUCCAUCCGAUGGUCCACACGCACUCCAAGACAAGUUACGUUUUAUCUUUGGAUUGGUAUUGGCCAACUCUGACACUGCAUCGGUACAAGUGUCGUUUGCAGAGGGUGACCAUAUCACAUUUUUAGACUCUGGUAGUCAUACUGCCACCUUUACCGUUGCAUUGGAUGCAAAUGGUGACUCUGAAAUUAAUACAUCGAUUUGUAUUGGAUCUGAAUCACCAGCCAUCUUAAUCUCUACCGGAACAACAACCUCUGAACCAUUGGAAUUGGAUAUUAGAGUAGGUACAUCUUUGGCAACUACCAACCAUAUCAUUCCAACCCGUCCAUCUGCCACACAGGCCAACAACAAAUCAAUGGUCUAUCUUUUACAAUUAGUUCGUAUUGAAUCAUCACUCAAGACAUUGAUGGAAGUACUCAAGAAACAUGAUGCUAAAAAUACUCCAACUCAAGAAAACAAGUUAGAUUAUUCAAAGCGUAUUCUUGCCUUUCAAAAAGAGUUGCGUGAAAUUGACAAUACUACCAUCUUUUCAGUCAUUGGAAAGGACAAGGUUGCACGUCAAGAAGUCAUCAAUCUCAAGACCAACUGUCAAAACCUCUCUUCCAAGCUGUCAGAGAUUGUCAAUCAAUGGUUAAAGUCUGAUUGGAAUGCUGUUGCAGCUGCACGUAUGGCUGAUAUUUCUUAUCAAUUCAUGUUUAGAAAUGCUGGUCGUCAAAGACGUGCUACUGCCAAGGUCACUAGAAACGCAUCGGCUAUGAUGUCUGACGCCCAACGACUUGCCGCAUUAGAGGUUGAUGGUUUGGAAGAGUUGGAGGAUAUUUCAGAUCCAGUUGAAAAGGAACUCUUGGAGGCCAGUCUCCAACUCUUUUCUUGUACCUUGUCUCUCUGCAAUUGGAGCGAAUUGAUUGAAGAAAAGGAUGUUUUGGGCUUUGGUUUGGCUGUACAGCGUCCAGAAGCAGUUAUUGACGAUCCAACCCAAUUGCGUAUCGUCGACUACUCCACCACCUUUAUUGGAAAGUCUUCGAUCGAAGAUGCACUCGCUUUGGAAAUCGCUGCCAAGGGACAGGACAAGGCCACUGGUGGCUUUGAUGGCAGUGCCAAGGUUGACAAUGUAUCCAGUGUUAUUCGUGGUCGUGGUCGUGAACCAAUCAACAGUUGGUUGCCACUCUACUUGCAUCCAUUGCAUUGGAAGACUGCCAGCUGCCAACUCCGUAGCAUUCUUGGCUAUUUUGUAACUCUUGAUCCAAUGGCCUACCAAUACGACCAAUUAAACGCAUUGUUUUUGGUUCUCGGAACCAUGGUAUCAAGAGAUAUGGGUGAGAGACAACUCUUCCUCGUCUUGCAAUUGAUCCGUACCUGUCGUGAGAUUGCCCUUCAAUUCAAGUAUUUUGCUCACAUGAAGAAUCAAUUGACUGCUCUACUCACCAAGCCACUCUACCACAUCUCUGAACAACCAAAGAAUAUCUUUGUCAUUCUCGGUUAUCUCUUGGUGCACACUGACCAAGAAUUAAAGGAAAUCAUCGAUGAUCCAAAUGUUUGGACAAAGCUUUGGGAUUCUGUCCUCGAAUCUGCUAUUCGUCGUUCUUGUUUUGGUUACUUUAGAGACAAGGAACAAAAUAUCAUUGAUCAAUUUAUUAUUAAUGUUGUUGAAGGCGAUAAGUCAACAAAUCAAGAACAAUCAAUUGAUCAACUUUUUAAUUCUUUAUCUGAAUAUGAAGUAAAGAAAGAUAUUAAAUUAUUUGAACCAGAAUCAAAGGAUUUAGAGGAAUAUUUUAAUAUUACAUUGGAUCCAAUUUCUCGUCCAGAAAAGAAUGAUUCAUUCAAGAAUGUAAAGGGCAAGUCAUUUAGCGCGAUUAGUAAAAUGUCCAACUUGUUUGAAACCAAGGGUUAUCCAACUCUUGAUUCAUUGUUCAAGUGUUUGCAAUUUGUUUAUGCUUGGAGAGGCAUUUUGAAUGGAUCAUACCGCAAGUCAUCAUCACCAGACUCUACCACUUCGAUCACCGACUAUAAUGGAUUCGAUGUGAUUGAUAAGCGCUAUGGUGUUGCACCAAGCGAAUGGAUUGAAUAUAUUAAAAAUGUCUAUGCAUCCAACAGUAACAAGGUUGUCAGUAUUGGUAAUUAUAUGGAAUGUGCUUACCAGUAUUUCCCAACUGCCACUCCAAUCGAUCAAGAAACUAGAUACACCUUGCACAUCAACAAGAUGCGUGCAAUGAUUACCCAAGGUGUUCUCUAUCGUACCAACAAGGUUGCCACUGCCAGUGUUUUAGCCGGUGUUUUCAGUGACACUACCAAGGAUCCAUUGCUUUGUGUCGAAGCAACCUACAAUCAAGUCCAACUCCGUCGUGAAGAAAUCUAUCUCAAAAUGGAAAGAGCUAUCCAAUUUAGUGAAAAGGUAUCGAGUGGUCUCAAAUCUUCAGAUAUUGAAACCUUUCUCUUUGCCAUUCCACAACACAGCGAGCCAUUCUUCCCAGAGUUUUUCCUUCACUGGAAAUCACAAAAAACCGCUACUAAUAUUGCAUUUGCUCGUGAAAAGUUGGUGUUGUUCUUGUCCAAUGUUAGAGUGACCGUUGACGAGUAUGGAACCUAUCAUACCAAACAGAUCAAAUCCUUCACUUGGAAGCCAUCUAGAAGUAAGAAUUAUCAGUUGUCUCUUGCUUGGGGCAGAGAUAAGUUUGUUGAAAUAAUCCAAGAAGUUCUUUUUAAGCAAGGAAUACAUGAAAACAAUGAACUCAAAGCUGCCAAUAUUGAAGAACUUGAUGGUUAA